AUGAGCCACGAAAGAUCCCUCGGUGACAAGAUCAAGGACACUGCUGAGAAUGUGAAGGAGAAGAUCUUCGGGAAGAGUCGCGAGGACUAUGAAGUGGCCGCUGACAAGGCUCAGGCCUUCAGUGUGAGUUUGGAAUUUUUUUGAUUGUUUGUGAUUUAGUCGGAGAAAAUAUGGAAUUUUGAGGGGUAAAGUGCGAGAGUUAUGCAGCAUCGUCUUCAAGAAGGAUUCUAGUUUCAUUUACUAGAGUUUUGAAUCAUUUCCGAACCGUUAGAAACUUAGAAUUUUCAAAAAUCCAUUAAUUUUUGUCUUAAGUAAUAUAAUUUCAGAUAAAAAUCAUGAAAUUUUUGUGAUUUCGUCCUUCAAUUGAUGACUAAGCCGUUUCAAAAUUAGUUUCAGUCAUUUCUAAAGCUAUGACAAGAGGGAUCAUCAAGAAAUUUCAGUCUAAUACAUAAAUUUCAAAUUUUGUCAUCUAAAGCAAUAUAAUUUCUUUUAAUUUUCAGCACAAAGCUGCCCACAAGGCCGAUGAAGCCCAAGAUCUGGCCAACGCGAAGAUCCACGAGUACUCCGACGAAGCCAAUGAGGUCAGAGGUCAAGCCACGCAGAAGAUCGACGAGCUCCGCCGCAAGGGAAAUGCAGCCUCCAAAAAGGCGAAUGAAGUCAAGAAUCUUACAGGUGAGCUUGCUAAAACUUUCUCCUGACUUGUAUUAGACCCUAAAAACCUUAUCUGACAUAAUGGAUUCGUAUUUCAGGCGAGCAUCUCGAAGAGGCCGGCGAAAAUUUGAUAGCCCACUAG